UAGAAGCAGAUUUUAUGAGCAACACAUGGAAGGGAUCCCAAAGGAGGCACAGAACCACCACCGUCUCGAUGACAGCUUUUUGAUUCUUUUUCAUGUACCCCCGGGCUGCUGCUACAUAUCCAGAAGCAUAGAGGGAGAGUCUGAAACGUAAUAUCAUAUUUUAUAGCUUCUGUCCAUCAUUACUCAUAGAGAACUGCUAUAGAAAACUAGUCAGAGACGUGAGUAUUUUAUGUGUCAUAUUUAAAGCAAUCUGUAAAUCUUCAGAGAAUAUGAAGCAAAGCCUCAUCUUGUGUUGCGUGACCUGUUUUCUUCUAUCUGCAUUUCCAGGAAAUCUAGGUUCUAAGUUAACAGACAGUCUGUACUGUGUCCUACAGUAUUCAAAAGACAUUGUAACGUGUUCAUGGUCAGAAAGCCGAAUUUCCAGACAUUAUGUGAACAUGUCAUUGAUGGAAAGAGACAACCCUACAGGUAUGUGCGAGAUGGAACUAGUCAAGCUUACACCAACUCAUCUUAACUGGACAUGUCAUACAAAUAUUUAUUUUCGUGGUCUUUAUCAUGAGAUUCAUUUCAUAUUCGUACCAGACAGAAGUCUGGAGAGUCGCCUUAAUGUGUCUAAUGAAGGUGAUGAAGCCAAACCAAAAAACUUGCACUGUGAAAGGUUUGAUGAUGGAAUAAUAACUUGUUCCUGGGAGGUGCGGCAGGCAGUGGCUGACUCUGUAGACUUCACUCUGUAUUACCAGAAUCGUUCCAAAAAAGAGGAAGCUUGUCAGCCGAGAUGCUGGCAGGAGGUCCCUAUGUACCUUUUCUGUUCCUGCAACUUCACAGCCGGUGAUCCCAAUAAUCCUAUUCAGUUACGAAAUAUUAGUGUUGGACCGAAGGAUGCGGAAACCUCCUUCAUAAAUUUUGACAUUUGCAAAAACAUCAAACUGCUGCCCAGGAUCCUCACCGUUGAUGAAAAAAAUAAAGGAGAAACUUUUGAAAUCCACUGGAAAAACCUGCCAAAUGAGAAGACUGAAUUCAAAUAUCAUUAUGAACUUUGUUACUGGAGAGAGAACGACAUGGAGCUAAAUGAGGUCGCUUUUGACUGCCCAGGUGAUACCAAAACACUGUCACCGAAUAACGACCGCCGCGUACUCCUCACAUUGGGAAAGCAGCUUAAACCUAGCAGUAACUACUCUGUGAUGGUACGCGUACGAUUGGGUGAGAAAAAUCCAGACGACUGCUACAAGGGGCCCUGGAGUGAAUGGAGCAAUGUGCAAACCUUUCACACCAAAUCAGUUCCAAAUACUUUGUUGCUGUGCAUUCUGGUCCUGUCAGGUGUGGUCGUUCUUGUAAUCUGUGUAGUAUAUGGAUGCAGAGCUUUAAUAAGGUAUAAGAAGCAAUGGGAUGAUAGGAUCCCAACCCCCAGCAAGAGUUCCAUUAUUAAAAGUAUACGAAAAACGAAGGACAGGUUAGUGAUUCGCUAUCUAACUUUACAGAAUGGACCAAGUUUCCCUUCUGAAGAACAUCUCUAUGUGGAGCCCUAUAACAAAGUAUUGAUGUGGGCACCAUCAAAAAAAGAUAUCAGCCUCCUUAAACCAGUUGAGGAACAGAUCCCUCGGCCACAUAGUGAGUUGCUUCGGGAUAAUGAUACCCAGUGUCUAUAUCUCUACAAUAUAGCUACAGAAGAUUACCCAACAGCAUCUAUAACCGAUGGGUACAAACCAUUUUCAGAGCUAAUCGAUGAACAGGAGAACAGAGAUAUGAAGGAUUCUCAAUUUACAGUUUGUGCCUUUGAUGGACCUUACCUGUUCUCUUGAAGUAUUGUCUUCUGCCAAAAGCAAUUGGACUGGAAAGUAAUUUCUAACCAAUUUUACUGAAAGUAAUUUCUAAGUUAUUUUUCUGACUUUAUGGAAACACUAGACGGCUGCCAUGGGGAACCAUCACAAGAGUUUGAAAAGGGCAUUACCCAAAGAAAAGACGAUAUGGGAAGAUGUAUCAGAAUAUUUAUUAUGGAUGACGCAGACUGUAACCUUCAGAAGUUCUCCUCAUUAACAUCUCAAUGAGUAAUAUAGUCUUAAGUCUAUACACUCUACAAUGGAUAUUCCACCAACCUAUUUCGACACAUGUUAGGAUUCCUUUCGUACAAUUGUCAAGCUGAUUAUAGGUUGGGCCUGAAUAUACUCUAAAGAAGAAAUGGCCAGCUCUGUAACUCAGGACAAACCUUGGCAUAUGACAGGCCCCCUUGGACUUUUGGGGGGGCUGUCAUAAUUUGUGUAAGCAUGCUGCAAACUUGUUAAGGUUAGGGUGGGUUUAAGCAGAGGCUGACUGCGGUUUGUAUUAUAUGGGCACAUUUUCUGCCUGAAAUGAGUACCGAUCAGACAUAUAGCAAGUUUAUCAGUGCUUGAUUAGCUUAAUUUACAUGGAGUAUCGGCUAAGGCAACUGUCCAUUGCCCAGCGAACAUUGUGCAGAGGUCAUAAUUAGUGAUGAGCGAAGUAUUGAAAAAAAUCGAUUUGGCUGCUUUGCUGAAUUUUACCAAAAAAUUCCCUUCGGGAGGAAUUACUUAGUCACAAAGCACAUUUCUUUGUAAAUAGUGGGUACAAUGACAGGUAGCAGCGAUUGCGCCGCGCCCGUCAUUGCACCCCUCAUAGCAAUAAUACAGUGUAAAAUAAAAAAUAAAUAAAUAAAAUCAUACUUACCUCAUUCAUUUGGUCACGUAGAGCUGGCCGCUGGCAUGUUGAUUGAAGAUCUAGUGCGAAAUUUCGGCCUGUAAUGACAUCAUUUCGAGC